AUUCAGCAUUAUAUACGUUCAUAAAGGUAUCCGCGUACCUAUCUUUAAGGGGUUAUUGGAUGGACCCUGAGUAUCUUUCUCACCGCGGAACUAAUAAAGUACUUAUGAGAAAAUGAGCCAAUCAAAUAGAACGGAGCCAGAAAGUCGGGUCCGGUCUGUCGGUUGCACACCUAAAGUUACUUAUUGGGGAAGUCAACCUCUUUUCAACUCUCUUCCAAACUUGUAUCACCAACUGAGUUGAACAAUCGCGAUCUACUUUUUCAAAACUGUCGAAAUCUACACAUAUCUACACAUAAGCACCUGCUUUGUAAUUCAAUUUCACUCGCAAUGGAGGAAGAACCGACCCUUCCCAAACUGCCCGCAGUUUCUUGGGAUUCCGAUACGCAGACAUUCACCAAUACGCGAAAACGCGCCCGUGAUCAAUCGCUCGCACUGCCGACUUUUAACAACUCGAGUGAUCCAGCUAUAUUUUCUAGCGAUGAUGAUCCCAGCCUGGAGAACUAUACUCAAAACCAGCGUCGAAAGAAAAGAUAUGUUGGCUCCUGGUUUCAACAGCACCCCACUUCUUCCGACUCGACAUUUUCCGAAAUUGUCCAGCAACCACUACCUAAGACUAGAAGAACUUUUCGACGUCAAUUUGACAGUGGUGUUUGGUUGGGAAGUGACAAUUCUGUUGAUAUGGAAGAAGACUCAGUUACAGACGUUAAAACGCCUGUCGAGUCUAAGUUGUUACAACUUGGACAUGUUCGAGCUACUACGACCAUUUCCUCCACCGAAGCAAAUGCUCGGCAAGUGAUUCAAGAUGCAAUCGACAAAGGAACUCAGGUCGUCAACCUCACUUCUUUCAAUAUCGAGACGAUUUCCAAUGCAACAAUAUCACAGAUCUCCCUUUUCGAUACUAUACCCCUCAUGACCGAAACCUUCCCAAUCGAACGAAAACAGCCGUCUAUCGAAGUUUACCUCGCCAGUAACCCACUUAUCCGUGUUCCUGGAGCUCUCUUCAACUUAGAGAAUUUAACAGUUCUUAGCCUUCGCAAUACUAAGAUCACCGAGCUCCCUUCCAGUAUUCGGAAUUUGCGUAACCUAGACACAUUGAACGUCUCUCUUACUCGCCUCCGAUAUCUACCUUGGGAACUUACAGAUUUAUUAAAGUUCCCUAGUAAGCUUCGGACCCUAAAUAUACACCCUAACCCUUUCUACCAACCAGAUGAGUUGGACUCUACUCUCCUCGGCGGUGCCUGCGAAAAGAACUGGAUGCACCAAACCACGCCUGAUGAACUUAUACCUCUUCCGGAACCGGGCAGACCGUACAUGUUGAACAUGUCAGAUGAUAUACCCAUCGACUCCGCAUGCUUAAAACCCGACGCCGCAAAACACAAUGCGAUGUAUUGGCAAGCAUAUGCGCUCGCACGAACCCCAGUCCAAUACAAUGACGUCCGAGGUUUCGUAGUUUCCACUUUCAGAUUAUCCCGACAAAAGUCAACUGGCUCAGAAAGCCCGUCCGAGCACCUGGACACGGUCUUACCAACCGAAGAUAUAUGUUCAGCACCAGCACCCCCACCUCCUAGUCGCAGCCAAUUCAGCUCAACAAGCAAUCCAAGCCGUGUGCCCUCAUUGCUAGAACUCGCUCUCCAGUCUUGCGCCAAAAGCGGACAACUUCGUGACUUACCAUCAUACCUCCCGCACAAUGCGCCAUCGCAUUUAUUAGAGAUACUAGAAAGAAUUGCCCAGCAAAGCGAGGAAGGUGGUAACUGUGGCGACUUACCCUGUUCGGUAUGCGGACGACGCGUUACGGUCCCCAUGGUUCAAUGGAUAGAAUGGUGGGAGGUCAGGCAAUGUGCUCCUGGUGAGGAUAGUUUCAAGAGCGUAGCUGGCACGGGUGAGAAUGAACAAGCCAUUCCUUUCUUGCGAUGGGGGUGCUCUUGGAAGUGCGUGCCGAGUGGAAUGAUACCUGGACAGAGGCUCCCCGGCACGGUCGUGAGGUGAGCCAUAGUGACGGCUCAGCGCGAAUGAGGUACACCCUCAACCCGAUAUGUGCCAACAGAACUCGACAUUUCAAGAUAUUCAUCGUGUUAUUAUAUCCACGAAUAUCGAUCCCGGCAACACUAGUCAAACCAUGGCUUGAACUGAUUGCUAAUUCAGUACGGCGAAAAUGGGGGCUUUUCUAAAGUUCUUGUACUAAAACUCGCAUCUACCAACUCGAUGACGUAUAUGUACCACAACGCGAUUUCUGGCGGAGGGCUUAUGAGCCCUUGUAUAAUAGGCGGUUGUUUUUGUGACAUGUCUCACUAUUCAUGAGUACAUUUACGCAAUUCUGAGACACUCAAGUCGCCGAACAGCAAGGCACCUGUAUUUUAGGCGUAUAUUUAAGCUAACUCGUUAAAUGACGAGCUAGUAAAGGGAUAAAGAGAUCGAUGGUGGCAGGAGCUUAGUCGCAGAGCCACUUUUACAAGUGAGGCCACGGCCGAUGAGUAUGUAACUGCCUAGUUGCGCAUGCUGUUAAAUUAAGAAUGAAUUGUAAAAUGAACCAAUACUC